AUGGGGGACUUCACAAUUAACAUUACCAAGGAGCUCGUAGAUCGGCUUGCUGGUUCUGACGAGAAAGUAAAGAAGAGAACAGUAAGGAAACCGAAACCAAAGGUAUCAAAACAGCCUCGCUCGCCGCCUCAACCAAAGGAGAGCGAGAAGCAGCUGCAGCCACCGGCUUCUUCCGGAUGGCCGGUUUUCUUGCCGGUUCAACCACCUGUCAAGCCUGCAAGUGCUGAACUGGAUGCAAUUCGAUCUGUGGUUUCAGAGAGUGAGAAGGUUCUUGAGAAGUUGCAGAAGCAGGAGGAACGCAUGGUGCAAGAAGUAACUGAAAGAGCCAAAGAUCUGCACGGCAAGGAAUUCAAGCUCCCGUACCAGAAGCCAAUGCCAUGCAUGCCCGACUAUGAAGCUUGCAGGGCGUGCUACAAGGAGCAUAUUAACGAUAUCCUCAAGUGCAGCCCUCUGACCAAGAGUUACUAUGAAUGCGUCCAGAGAGUAAAGCAGCAAGCAGGAUCUGGAGAUAAGUGA